CCUUGGCUACCAUGGAGUGAUGCUCCCCAGCGAUUUACGUGUGUACCCGAGUUAUUCCACCAUCCAGCGAUAGGGGUUGAAGCUCUACCUUAUCCAGAAUUCUCACAAGCCGAGGUUCGUUCCCCACAUUUAAGGUCCGCCGUUGCGUUGCCGGUGCGUUGUGUUCGGAUAAGGUUCUUUGGUCCCAAGAAACCACAUUGGUUUCGUUUAUAAACCCCAAGGUCCCAACCUCCUCAGCAUUGACAGUAAACAGCAUCUAACGAAGACAUACCAUACCAUCAAUUCAGAAACCAUCAUCAACCACACUCACACCGCGAAACCAACCCCAUCCACCCCGCCAAAAUGCCACCCCCCUCCAAAGUCGCCCCAACUGGCAAAGUAACAACCUACACCGGCCCCAAGACCUUCUCCCACCGCCUGAUCGGCGGCCUCAUACUCUUCUACUCCGUCUCCUACGCCGCCAAGGGCUACAUCAUCCCCGGCACCGCGCUGUACGAAGCGCUGCAGAAAUCCUGGCCGGGCGGCGCAGUGCACUACUUGUGGCUGCAGGAGAAGAUCGUCAUCCCCGUCAUCGCGAUCCAUGGCGUUGAGACGGCGAUUAUGGCGUAUCGACUUGCGGGCGCGGGGGUGGGCGCGGGGAGUGGGCUGUGGUGGAAGUGGAUUGCGAGUUGUUUGAUUGAGGGGGUGGGGAGCCAUCAGAGGCUUUCGGCGUUGAUUAAGGGGGAGUAAAUGGAGGGUGAGGAGCUGGGAGAAGGUGCAUUUAUGGUGGGAUAGAUGUACGUAGUUAUGAGAAUUAGAACUUGGGGAGAGAGAACAACGCCGUAUAAUUGCACCCUUACAUUGUAUCUAGUGAAAUAGAAAUAGAGGACUAGCGGACAACGCUAUGGUAU